GCGCCCCUUCGUGGCCGGGUUUGCUACCGGACCUAAAGAGUCGCAGCCGGUGCUUCCGCCCGGACGCCGUUUCGCAUCACUCAGGGGGAAACCGAGGCGGCCCUCGUGUGCCCGCCCGGCUCCGGGAUGGCCCCCAAACUCCCAGACUCUGUGGAGGGGCUCCGCGCCGCCGGCAACCAGAGCUUCCGCAACGGCCAGUACGCCGAGGCCUCCGCGCUCUACUGCCGCGCGCUGCGGUUGCUGCAGGUGCGAGGUUCUUCAGACCCUGAAGAAGAGAGUGUUCUGUACUCCAACCGAGCAGCAUGCCACUUAAAGGAUGGAAACUGCACAGACUGCAUCAAAGACUGCACUUCAGCACUGGCCUUGGUUCCCUUCAGCAUGAAGCCUCUGCUGCGGCGAGCAUCUGCCUAUGAGGCCCUAGAGAAGUAUCCUCUGGCCUAUGUCGACUACAAGACUGUACUGCAAAUUGAUAACAGUGUGGCGUCAGCCCUGGAAGGCAUCAACAGAAUGACCAGAGCUCUCAUGGAUUCACUUGGGCCUGAGUGGCGCCUGAAGUUGCCCUCUAUCCCUGUGGUACCUGUCUCAGCCCAGAAGAGGUGGAAUUCCUUGCCUUCAGAAAACAAAGAGUCAACCAAAAAAUCCAAAGAAACUACAAAGAGCAGAGUGCCUUCUGCUGGGGAUGUGGAGAGAGCCAGAGUUCUGAAGGAAGAAGGCAAUGAGCUUGUAAAGAAGGGCAACCAUAAGAAAGCUAUUGAGAAGUACAAUGAAAGCCUCUUGUUUAGUAACCUGGAAUCUACCACGUACAGCAACAGAGCACUCUGUCAUCUGGUCCUGAAUCAGGACAAGGAGGCAGUGAAGGACUGCACAGAAGCCCUCAAGCUGGACGGCAAGAAUGUGAAAGCACUGUACAGACGGGCUCAAGCCUACAAGUCACUCAAGGACUAUAAAUCCAGCCUUGCAGACAUCAGCAGCCUCCUACAAAUUGAGCCCAGGAAUGGCCCUGCACAGAAGUUACGGCAGGAAGUUAACCAGAAACUGAAAUAAAACCUUAAAGGGCAGCAGGAACCUUUCGUCUGCCCUUCCCAGAGAAGCCAGGGGUGUCCUCCCCUGCAGCCACCCCCGAAACCUAGCAUGCCCCACAGGGAGCUUUGAAAUACCCUCCUCAGCCCCUCCGACAGCAGUGGCCUCCACCUUUGAGAGGCUUUGCUUGUUCAAGUUAAGCCAGCAUAGUCAAGCACAGACAUGGUUUCACCACAAAGGUCCUUGCUAGAGCUGAGUGUGAAGCUAGAGCCCUGUUCCCACCCUGCUGCAUCAGUUAGCAUAUCAGACAAGCAGUCCUCAACAGCAAAGCAUUUGGCUUUGUCCCUGCCCCAAGUGUGCUGCAGAUUGAAUACUGCCUUUGUAGCUGCAUCAGACCUCACCUCUCUGCAGUUAAUCUGAACUGAGCUCCUGGGUAGAGGUGGGGGAGAAGCUAAAAUCCCUGGCCCACCUACACCCAAAGCGGCCUGUUGAGCUGGUUCUCCAGUGCUGCAGCUGCUGUCCCCACCCUGUCUUGGGCACAGAAUUCUGUGUCAGCCCCAGUGCCUUUUUUCCAGGCCCUGCUCUGGUGAGAAGGCAGAGCUGUGAUCCCUAGAUGGCUCUGCCCUCGACUCUGUGCUGCUGCCUUCUGCAUGGAGGUACCUAAGCUAUUGCAAGAGCCUGAUGGUUAUGGCCACAACUCUUGGGAUGGGGAGAGGGGCCUCCUUGAGGUCAGUAUCCUUCCAUUCUGGGCAGCAAUUUGCCUCCCCACCCCCCCUCCCCAAAGUGGUGGCCCCUGCAGGCUUCUUAGUUCUUUGUAAUAUGUUGAAGUUAAUUUGAACUGACUGAAUUUGUUGAACUGUGUGUUAAGCUAUGCAUUAAAAGGCUUUCUUCUGUACAGAAGUCAUACUUUCAAUUACGCCUUUUCAGCUUUGCGCCCAUUAUAGCAGUAACAAUAGAAGCUGCUGCUUCUUGUGCUUUCAUCUAUUUGUUGAACACAUUUACUCAAAUGUCUGCAUGGGCCAGGUGCUGCACGCAGUGCUGGGGAGGCAACAAAGAAUAGACUACCUGCUGUAGGGCUGACAGUCCGGUGGGAAGGCAAGAAGUCAUCAGAUAAUCACCCCCAAUAAAGCCACAACCUACAGAGCAGCAUGGAGUAGUCACCAGCACCUUACCUGCCUCCACAGGGAGGUUCCCACAGUGGAGGGAAAAGGGCCCUUGAGGGGGUAAAGCUUGAACGUGUUUUAAAGUGAGAGGUUAACUGGUGAAGUGGGGAGGGCGUUGAAAGCAGUGUGCAGAGACCCAACAGUCCUAGUUGGGAGGACGUGGUGAGGAAGCACAGGGGCUAAAAAAUACCACUCAGAAAAAAAAAAAAAAAUACCACUCAGGUUCACACGACAUGGCCUGGAGUAAGGCUGGAGUACUUUAGAAUUUGACCAGAAUUAAGGGCUGCCUCCCCUUCCUGGGCUGUGGUCCUAGUUAAAUUAGUUUUACUUCAAUGCAGAAGUUUUAUGAUUAAACAAAGGUUUGUUGGCUUAUACUUCUCAUCACAAAGGUGAUAAGGAACAUGAGCUGUGAAGGGAGGUCAGGAGCAGCGCUUAAGCACGAGUCUUUUGCUAUCUGAAUAUUCACAGACCUCUAGACUCAAGUUCAUUGUAGGAGUCAGACACACCCAAUAGGCCCCAGGUGUGGCCAGAGGACCUUGUCAGAGUGGGGAGCCACACCCCAUUAAUACUUCUUUUGGGGCUUCACUGAUUUGAGGCAGAUUUAGUGGCAACACCCAUCACAACCCACAUAGAGCUAUAGAAGGCACAUCUA